UCUAUAUUUAAACCGUGGGUGCCGAUGUACUUCCGUAGUUUCAGAGCUUCUGAUGAUGAAGGACGGAUCUGUUGGGCUGCGUGUCCCUGGGCUCAAGGGCACCGGUCUCCUCUGCAUUGCAUUCUUCCUCAGCCAGCGAAAUGUCGGGGUUGGGGCCAACUCUGGUUACUUCGUGGGCGGUUGUCGGUUUAACAGCAGCGCCACUGGAGAAUGGAUCUACAUCUACCAGGAUUACUACAACAAGGAGCUGAUUGACUACUAUGACUUUGACCUGAAGAAGUUUGUGGCAGUAAAGACGUGGAUGCAGGGAAAUGUAAACAGGUGGAACAAAGAGAUUGCGGAAGCAACGUAUGAGGACGGGAUCCGUGUGUGUAAGCAAAACAUCCCCAUCGAUGAAAAAUGGGUGCUGCCCCGGCGUGUUCAACCAGAGAUCACCAUCCGACCUAAAGUCUCACCCUCCCACUCAGGGCAGUUGGCCCUGCUCACAUGUCAUGUCACUGGGUUUUACCCUCCAAAGAUUAAAGUCACGUGGAUGAAGAAUGGAGCUCCAGUUCCCAAUGGAGCCAUCAAUACGGUCCUGUUGUCAGAUGGUGAUUGGACAUACCAGGUGGAGGAACUCCUGCAGUAUGACCCAGUGUCUGGGGAUAAAUACACCUGUCACGUGGAGCACAGCAGCCUGACGGAGCCCAUGACCAUGGACUGGGAAGUGCAGACUACGCCAGAAUCGGAGAGAACAAAGAUCAUCGUGGGAGCUUUGGGGUUUGUGAUUGGGCUGCUCAUCCUGCUGGCAGCGGUUAUAAUGAAGCUGAAGAAUGCAAAAGCUAUUCUGGAUUCCAGCAGUCACGGCCCACGUCUGAUGAGCCCAUAAAUCAGUUAACCCAGCCCCAAGUGCAGUUUCUACCCUCAAUGAUGGUUCAAACCUGCUGGCUGCCCCAGGACUCUGACCAGUGGGUAGGAAGCUGCUCUAUGGGCUUUGGAAGCAGUUCCCUCUAAGAAGCAGUGUAAAGGUUCACUGUAAGCUCAACCCUGCUGAACACAGUGUGACUGUAGCUUGUAAACUGGAGUCGAUCUAUUUCUGACGCGUUCGGGGAUCAUUCCCAAAUGUCCUGUAAUAAUCCUUCCUGAAUGCUAUAACAACACCCCAAUCUCUAACUGUAAAUCGGCAUCUUAAAUAUUACUAUUCUCUACAGUUUGUAAAUGAUUUUAUUGCAAACAUUGAUCUUUAUAUUGAUGGCAUGGUUUUGAUUAAACACUUUGUGACGCCUA